AUGCCGUUCGGGCUGCGCAAUGCCGGCGCAACCUUCCAGCGAUUGAUGCACAUCGCCCUAGGCCGGCAGCUCGGGAGGAACGCCGAGGCGUACGUCGAUGACAUAGUGCUCAAGUCGCGGGAGGCGAGGACCCUCGUCGAAGAUUUGGAAGAAACGUUUGCCAACCUGGGGUGCGAGUUGGUGGCCAACAUCCACAACAGGGACUGCGGGCAUCACUCCUCGUUGCGCAGCCUCGUGGGAAAGGCAUUUCACAGCGGGUUCUACUGGCUCAUGGCGCUCAACGACGCCACUGAGAUGGUGAGAUCCUGCGAGGCAUGGGGCUACGACUACCUCUACGUCGCCAUCGACAAGUUCACCAAGUGGGUGGAGGUGGAUCCCGUGCGCACCAUCCCAGCUGGCUCGGCUGUCAAAUUCAUCAAGGGCCUCAUGAUCCACUUUGGGGUCCCCAACCCUAUCAUCACUGACAAUGGCUCUCAGUUCACGAGCAAACUUUUCAAAACAUAUUGUGCUAACCUUGGAACGCAUAUAUGCUAUGCUUCGGUGGCAUACCCAUGA